AUGCAUAAGAUGCUUCUGUUUGGCGGCACCGGCUUUGUCGGCUCGCUGGUGGCACAAAAGGCGCUGAGCCGUGGCUACCGCGUCGUCAUCGCCACUCGGGGCGGGGCACCACCACUUGGCUCGCCAAUGAACACGCUGCUCAAGCGUGUGCACAUGAUUGGCGGGCCAGCUGCCGCGCGGGAAUCCCUGACAGGAACCUUAACGACGCCUCAGCAGUGUGUGGCGUCAUCACCCGCCAUCAGCAGUAGCGGCCGCCCUCACCCGAGACCUCCAGCCGAUCAGUCGGUCAAAGUGGUGUGCCACAUGCACGAGGAGAAGGAGCUGGAGUUUGUCAGCAUCGACGCCACGAGUAGGGACCAGGUGUUUCACUUCCUACACGACCACCCAGAUGCAACGGUGAUUGUCAACGCCGUCGGCCUCCUCACUCGCGACUACGAGGUCGCGCGGCAGGUCAACGGAGAUGUCAUGACGAACGUCGCGGCUGGUGUUUUCCACCCGAAGUUGGUGCAGGCGGUGCGGAAGGUGGUGUACGUGUCGGCGGAGCCGUACAACCUGUACUCGCGACGCAUCCUCGGCAGCAAGCAUCUCUUGAAGGGGUACUUCCACGGUAAGCGCAUUGGCGAGAAGGCCAUACUGGAGAACCUUGGCAGUAAAGGGGUGGUACUGCGGCCCAGCCUCAUCUACGGCACGCGUCACGUCCUCGUCGCCUCUACUGCAAACCCCCACACCGUGCGCACGCUCUCCCUACCACUGGGCUGGAUAGGCCUGCCACUGGACAAGCUGCUGACGGCCGUCGGUGGAGGCAAGCUGCUAAUGCCCCCGGUGAGCGUGGACGUGGUGGCCGAGGCAGCCGUGCGCGCGUGUGCUUGGGCGAAUCAGCCUCAAAAUGACAUCCACGGCGUCUGUGAUGUAUACCGCAUGCAUGAGAUCUGCAGCGCCAUUGAUCCGUCGCUGCGGGAAGGCGACAAAGACAUCGCUGCGUUGACAGAAGCCUGCGAGCUCAAGAAGGGCAAGUAG